AUGAUGAUCGGAUUGGUGAACGGCCUUCCCAGCACUUCAUCCACAGCUACAAUCAAUUCUUUCAAAGGUCGAUCUAUAUUCCCAAAUAUUCUCGAUAUAUCACCAGAUCUUGAUAGUAUUUCAAUAUUUGCUAACUGUACCGAAGAGCAAAAAGAAACGAUAUACGGCUAUGAUUCGAGCAAGUUGACGCUUGUCGACUCAACAUUGCCAAUUUUGUGUAUAAUUUUGUCCAUAUUUUCGUUGAGCAUCAACAUUUUAUUCGUUUUUCUCGUCAUUCGUGGGCUCUACGAGAAGAAAUUGCCGUUUAAAGGUUACUCAUUGUUGAUCAAUCGCUCAGUGACCGAUAUUUUAACUUCAUUUCUCACAUUGAUUUUCGUUUCUUUGCAUAAGCUGGUCUUUAUUCAAGGAAACCCUGAAUACCCGGCUGAUGAAAGAAAUACGACUGUUUACGAAAUGGAUUAUUUAAUCCCACAUGGGAGAACGAUGUUCACUCUAUUGCUUACAGCUAAUUUUUGGUCAGCAGCUGGAGCCUAUGCCGUUUUAGCGCUUUUCACUUACUUUGCGAUACGACAUCCGUGGUUUUAUAUGGCGAAAAUCACCGCUAGACGUACGGUUUACGUGAUGUUAGGCGUUUGGGCGGUGGGAGCCGUUUAUUCUAUCAUUGUCGUUUGUAUUUCGGCAAAUAACGCUUUUAAUGUUUUCAACGAUGCCAAGGAUCUCAUUCGAUGGAAUGUAUCGAGUGAGGACUACGUACUCUCGAUCUUCAAUCUAUUUAUUGUGCUUGUUUCUUUUCUGAUUGUCACCAUUUCUUAUGCAGCAAUCAUGGUGUAUUUGUAUCGAAAAAGUCAAGAUUCUGGCAAUGCGUCAUUACAUUUGAUGUCAAUUGGACGACUAGCUUUAAACAUUUUUGCUUUCUCAAUCACAUGUAUCGUGAUGGCGGGUUUUGUGUCGAUUCCAAUAAUUCUAAAGACUCACAUCGACUACUUGAUUGACGAAAUUCAAGAAUCACAGUGUAAAACCCUUGUGGCUGCUUAUCAACUCUCGUAUCAAAUGGCUGAAUGGACCACAGCAGCGAUGGUGGGAUGGUUGUUACGAAUGAUCAUGGAUCCGUUAGCAAAUCUCUUACUCGAUACUCGCUUUAAGUUGAUUUACGGGCAUUGGUGUCGAUGGAUUGAUAUGACACCGCGUCGAACGACCACCAGAGUUGCCACCGAUUUCUUGAGAAAAUGUGCUGAAGCAAAUAUCAUGCCAGUGUCGAUCAUUUCGAGUGAAGGGAAAUAUUUCCGCUUCCGAAGUCCAUCCGUUGAGGACGCUCGUCAACAAAAAUCAACAAGACAACAAAAUCUUCGACGCUUCGAACAUGUGAUCACUUUAAAGCAAAGAGUUCUA